GAUUGUAGUUUUAUCACGUUGCCGUUCCAAUCCAAAAUCAUGCCAUUUUCGACCGAAAUUAACUUCAAUACCCAGUGUACUCCUAUACAAAAUCUUUUACGCGAAAUUGCUAUCACCUUCUGGUUGCUGCUGUAGCUAUCUGUGCAAGUGACAGGGAAGUGGGUGUAAUGGACUGAUCCUCAUACCAACAAUAUCAAAAUAAGGCGCCUGUUAAAGCCUCGGCUGCUGUUAAACUAAACCAUGUUCGGCCGCUCGCGAAGCUGGGUUGGAGGUCAAGGGAAGGCGAAAAAUAUUCAUUCCCUGGAACAUUUAAAGUACAUGUACCAUGUGCUUACGAAGAAUACCACGGUGACUGAACACAACAGAAAUCUGCUGGUGGAGUCCAUUCGUUCAAUCACGGAGAUUCUCAUCUGGGGAGACCAGAAUGACAGCUCGGUGUUUGACUUCUUUCUGGAGAAGAACAUGUUUGCCUUCUUCUUAAACAUCCUACGUCAGAAGUCCGGCCGCUAUGUCUGUGUUCAGCUCCUGCAGACCUUAAACAUACUGUUUGAGAACAUCAGCCAUGAGACCUCUCUCUAUUACCUGCUGUCGAACAACCAUGUGAACUCCAUCAUCGUCCACAAGUUUGACUUCUCUGAUGAGGAGAUCAUGGCCUAUUACAUCUCCUUCCUCAAAACGCUGUCCCUCAAGCUGAACAACCACACUGUACACUUCUUCUACAACGAGAGUUCCCACACUAAUGACUUUGCCCUGUACACCGAGGCCAUCAAGUUCUUCAACCACCCCGAGAGCAUGGUGCGCAUCGCGGUCCGCACCAUCACACUCAACGUCUACAAAGUCUCAUUGGACAACCAGCACAUGCUUCACUACAUCCGGGACAAGACGGCCGUGCCCUACUUCAGCAACCUGGUGUGGUUCAUCGGCAGCCAUGUCAUCGAGCUGGACAAGUGUGUGCAGACGGACGAAGAACACAGGAACAGGGGUAAGCUGAGCGACCUGGUGGCGGAACACCUGGACCACCUGCACUACCUGAACGACAUCCUCAUCAUCAACUGUGAGUUCCUCAACGAGGUGCUGACGGACCACCUCCUCAACCGCCUCUUCCUGCCGCUCUACGUCUACUCCCUGGUCAACCCCGACACGUCUGAAGAAAGGAAGAUAAACCCUCAGGUGUCCCUCUACCUGCUCUCUCAAGUGUUUCUGAUCAUCCACUACCGGCCACUGGUCAACUCCCUGGCCGAGGUGGUCCUCAACGGGGACCUGUCCGUCUUCACCCCCUACAUGGACGCACACAACGCGCACAAGACGACAGCCGGCAGCGCUGGAGGCGUGCGGCGCUUCACCAAGCCCUCGGAGACGCUGGAGCGCUCCCUUGAGAUCCACCGCCAGCGGGGGCGCAAGCGCGCCCAGAAACGCCCCAACUACAAGAACCUGGGGGAGGGCGAGGAGGAGACGGAGACAGAGACCGCCGCCGCCGCCGCCGCCGCCGCCGCCACUGAGGACAGGACCGGGACGGGGGGAGGAGGAGAGGAGGGGGGAUGGGAGGAUGACCUCCUCCGAGGAGAGCGAGAGAGGGGGAAAGGUACAGAUGGAGGAGGAGGAGGAGGAGGGAGUUCUAAGCCGGGCAGAGCGAGUGGGGAGCGGGCAGAAGAGAUAGAGAUGGUCGUGAUGGAGAAGUGCAAGGUCUCCGACAUGACGGAGCAGAACACCACAGACGAGGAGAAGACGGCAGCGGCCACACGCAUGCAGAUACACAAGAGCAGUCCCUGGCUUCCUGUUCUCCCUGGCAGGCCCUUCCUGGACAUGGUGUUCAGUGCACUGGACUGCAGCCAUGAUGACUACCACGCUCUGUUUGUGCUCUGCCUGCUCUACGCUGUGUCCCACAGCCAAGGUAUAAACAGUGCCCUCCUGGAGCGCCUGCAGCUGCCCGUGCCCCAGCAGGAGAGGUGCUCUUACAGCCAGGGGCUGGUGGAGCGGCUCAUCAGGGUCACCAGCCAGGCCUCCCAGCCCGAUGGCAAGGUGCGUCUCGCUACACUUGAACUCAGCUGUGUUCUACUGAAGCAGUCGGUGCUUCCAGGAAACCGCUGUAUCAUCAAGGACGUGCACCUGGCCUGCAUGGAGGGCGCACGGGAAGAGAGUCUACAUCUGCUCCGAAGGUUCUACAAGGGUGAAGAGAUCUUCCUGGACAUGUUUGAAGAUGAAUAUCGCAGUAUGACGUGUAAACCUCUGAACGUAGAGUAUUUGAUGAUGGACGCCUCCAUCCUCCUCCCCCCCACUGGGACUCCGCUGACGGGGAUAGACUUUGUCAAGAGACUGCCCUGUGGAGACGUGGAAAAGACGCGCAGGGCCAUCCGUGUGUUCUUCAUGCUGCGGGCGUUGUCCCUGCAGCUCCAGGGGGAGCCGGAGACCCAGCUGCCCCUGACCCGGCCAGAGGACCUCAUCAAGACUGAUGAUGUGCUGGACCUCAACAACAGCGACCUGAUCGCGUGCAUGGUGGUGAGCAAGGACGGGGGGCAGGCCCAGAGGUUUCUGGCCGUCGACGUCUACCAGAUGAGCCUGGUGGAGCCGGAGACCAAGCGCUUGGGCUGGGGCGUGGUCAAGUUCGCCGGCCUGCUGCAGGACAUGCAGGUGUCGGGCGUGGAGGACGACAGCCGGGCGCUCAGCGUGGUCAUCCACAAGCCGGGCUCCAACCCGCACGCCAAGCCCAUGCCCAUCCUGCAGGCCAACUUCAUCUUCGCCGACCACAUCCGCUGCAUCAUCGCCAAGCAGCGGCUGGCCAAGGGCCGCAUCCAGGCGCGCCGCACCAAGAUGCAGCGGAUCGCGGCCCUGCUGGAGCUGCCCAUGCAGCCCGGCAGCACGGACGUCCUGGGCUUCGCCCAGCCCGGCCACGCCUCGCCCGGCGGCCUGCCCUUCCGCUUCUACGAGCAGUCGCGCCGCGCGCCCAACGACCCCACCGCCAGCCGCGCGCUCUUCGCCUCAGUGGACAAGGUGCCAGGCUUCGCGGUGGCCCACUGCGUGUCCCAGCACAGCCCCUCGCCGCUGUCCUCGCCCUCCCCCCCCUCCUCCAGUGGCACUGGGAGCACUGGGAGCACUGGGAGGUGCGACUCGGUCACCGCCAGCACCAUCUCCGCCCACAGCCCUGCAGACGACGGCACCUUCCUGGAGCACACCCCUCCGUCAUCAUCGGGCGGCGAGGGCGGGGGCGAGGGCGUAGGGGCGGCCUCCACCCCGCCCCCCCACCACCACCACCACCACCAGUGGGCCCUGGCCCCAAGCCUCACCCCGGCCUCCCAGCCCUCCAUCUCCCUGCUCACCGACGGCGGCGGGGCCGACACGCUGGGCGUGGAGUCGCUCACCCUGCUGCCCCCCGCCCCCCUCCCCCUCGGGCCCCCCUCCUCCAUCGCCGAGGAGGAAGAGGAAGAGGAGGAGGAGGAGGGGGGGGAGGAGGGGGUGGGGGAGGGGCCCGGCGACGCGGCCGCGACCCCGUUGGCUGAUUUCCAGGGAGGGGACUCGACCGCAGGCGAUGGGCCCCAGGAGACGAGAGAAGAAGAAGAAGAUGAUGAUGAAGAAGGAGAAGAGGGGGAGACACACAGCCAGCCGACAGACGCACUCGACUCACCAGAGCUCGACUGAAAGACAGACAGACAGACAGACAGACAGACAGACAGACAGACAGACAGACAGACAGACAGAAACACAGACAGAAACACAGACAGAAACACAGACAGAAACACAGACAGAAACACAGACAGAAACACAGACUCAGACAGAAACACAGACUCAGACAGACACACACUCAGACAGACACACAGACUCAGACAGAAACACAGACUCAGACAGACACACAGACUCAGACAGACACACUCACAUAGAGAUCAUGACACACGCACAUAGAGAUCAUUUCACACGCACAUAGAGAUCAUGACACACACACACGCACACGCGCGCGUACACAUACACACACACACACACACAAACAAUAUGGCUCCCCUGGGUGUUUUGCCUCCACACGACACCACCUACCAACGCUCAUUUCCCUUUCAGUCCAGCAGCAACAUGACACCCCAAAGACUGGGUCGCGUGAAGCAGCUUAUUGGCUGGGAGAAGGGCUGCGCUAUAUUUUUGGACAUGAUAUCCUCGUAGAUAACUGAAGAGCCAGAAUCUAAAAAAAAAGACUUCAUUUGUUGCGCGAAUAGUUAUUUCGGUGUGUAUGAGAGACUGAUUUGCAAGAACGAGGUGUGCGUUACACAUGGUUGGAUUUUUACUUGACAGAUCUGCCUCCCGGGGUCGCGUGGGUGUGUCCGUGCACACUUUUCCUUUCUACUCUUUUUGAUUUGAUCGUGGGGCGCGCGCACGUGAAAACCAGCAAUGUUUUUGGCGACCUGCCAGCUUAAAGAACCACUCCCACAUUGGACGGGCUUAUUAAUGAGUGGAUCAGAUUCACUGUAAGAGGCAACGGGGGGAAGGGGAAGCCUCCUAAUAAUAAUUUGAAUUGUGUUCUGAGCGGUCGGCUGGCUGUGUUUUUGGGUGAAGCCUGAAGCGUCUGAACUUGCGUAUGACUGCAACACAGAUGUCUGCUACCGGGACCCGGGCCCGAGGCUGAAUGUAUAAUCACGUUGCUCGUUCACCGGGCCCAAGCUUUCAAACUCCUUAAGAAAUCAAACCAGCACUAGCGCACCACAUAUCCCGGCAAACUUACCAUUUCUGAAUCGUCGGAAGAAAUAAUCGCGUUGAUUUUCUUUUUUUUCCGUUGAAUCUUUUAACCCGUGUUGAAUGAUUAACCCAUAGGGCUAUUUGGAGCCUUCUUUGUGUAACUCUGUGCAAGAAGCAUGCCCUGCGCACGUUAAAAGUGGUGUUUCUCCUGCACAAAGUGUCUUAUUCGUUGUGACCGGUUUAUACCUUACUUGGAAUAAGAGGGUCCUCAGCUUAACACACUCCUGUGCACUUUGGUUCAAGAUCAGACACCAAGGCAAGAAUCCAACUCGGAUGAUGAUGAUAUAUUUACUGGGGUUAUGUCUCCCAAUAGGUCUUUGUUCAUAGAAUUUCUCAAACAGAUAACAGAACGUAACCAGCUCUGUUGUAUCCUUUGCUGUCUAUGUAUAGAAUGUAUAGGGAAGAACUACCUGCAAAAUAAGUACUUGAGCAUUGGCGUUAAGGCAAAGAAAAUAGAUUUGUGUCAAUGCAGAAUCCACUGUAAAUCACCAUCAGUAAUUGUUCUUGUGCCCAAGAGAAACGAUUCACCAACAGGACGACGAAACAGCCCAAAUCUAUUAUGAAACGAUGGUUUCAUUUGGUCAGUCUACCGGAUAUCAGGUUUUUGGGAGGGGUUUCUUACUAUUUUUUUGUGGUGUUCUGCGAUGGUUCUUUAAUUUAAUCGACACAAUAUAUAAAAGCAUACAUUUUGGAGAAAAGCACAAAAUACAUGCCAGUAUUGGAUUGGUUAGUUAGCUGUUGGCCUGAGAGGAAGUGAAAAAUAGCUUUAAUUAGAUUUCUAACAUGUGUACAUGUCUCAUGGAAGGCCCAUUCCUCACAUCAGUUAUUCAUGCUAUAUAUAUAUAUAUACAUAAUUUCUGCGAGUCAUAUGUUUGUAUGCUAUGUAAAAAGGCUUAAGGCUUUUAAAACCUGUAAUUAUUAUUAUUAUUAAUGACCUGACAGAGAAAUAAUCAAUGUAUUGCAAUAAAUUAUUCUACCUAA